UCAUACAAGGAUGUGCAGCUGUUCCAUUUUCAAGCUCCAGAGCAAGUGAAGCUAGCAACAUUCUCCUUUAGGGCAAAUGAAACAAAUUCAAGAUGUGAUGCAAGAAAUGUCACCCUGUACCUGCAGCAUGGCAGCUACCCGGUCAUAUCGCCGCUGGGGGCCGAGUUCCCGGAGAACUUCUUCCUGCAGCGCACCUCUCUGGCCAGCAUCAGCACGCACAGUGACUCCUCGUGGCUGCGGUACACGGUGGCGGCGCCGCUGCCAGGCGAUUGGUUCGCCGCUGGCUUCAUCCUGGCCGAGGACACGCGCAUCACGCAGAAGGGUCUUGGGCCCACAUGUCACACGGUGCUGGAGACCGAGGCGCGCUUCGAGCCACAGGGGAAGGUCAUCACGCUCGUGCCCGAGGUUACCACGCACCAGAGGCUCAUCCUCACGCAGAAAAUCAACAGCACCCAGCACUACAGGUUCGUCGUGCCGGCCGGCGUGUUCUCUGCUGUGGUGAACGUCUCCAAGUGUGUGGAUGCGGUCGGCGGCGGCUCCUGCCCGCUGACGCUUUCUGCCAGCGCGCUGUCCCUGCCCGACACGGCCGCCGGACCCUUCACCACGAGCGUCAACUGCAGCGAACUGUCGGACGGCGUGUGCUUGCUGCGGCUGGACGCGGCCGCCGACAGAUGGCACUAUGUCCGCCUGACGCCCCUCCCCGACGCCACCGCCCAGUUCGGCAUCCAGGUGGUGCUGGAGAAGAACUGUAAGGAGCCGCAGCGCGACAACGAGUACAUGCUGGUGAGCGAGAUCCACUGCCAGAGGCCGGCGCGCACUGCCUUCAUUCCGGUGGCGUUCUCUGAGGCGGACGGUGGAGCGGGCGCCCAGAACGACACAUGCUGGAACAGUGUGGGUUUGGGCCGGCGCACGCUGGCCGGCAGCCUGGCGUUCGUGUAUGACCAGCUGCCAGCUCCGGACACGGCUGGGCCGCCGGCGCGGCUCAACAUCAGCACGCGCCGGCCGUCGGUGCUGACGUUCGGCGUGCAGCCGGUGCAGGACAUCGGCGGCACGCUGACCGUGGCGUUGACCCUGCCCGACUCGCUGAACACAUCGGCGGCGAACGUGUCAGUGACGGGGUGCCUGUCGCACUGGGUGCGGGCGCGCCUGCUGCCGGACGGCCGCUGCAGCUCGGGCGUCCGCCUCUCCGUCAACAGCACCGGCGGCGGCGGCGGCGGCGGCCGGCUCGACAACGUCACCCACCUGCCGUACCCAGAGCCGGGCGACUGGUACCUCACGCUGGCCGUCCGCUGCUACCGCCAGCAGCUGUACGGCAGUGAGACGCCAACGGUACCGUGUCCGGGGGAUCAGACGGCGCUCGUGUUCCACAUCGAGUCGGCGCCAUGCCUGCAGGCGCGCUGCGGCGCCAAUGGCGGCUGCUACCAGUACUUCUCUGGCGGCUUCGUCUUCUCCACCUGCGUGUGCUGGGCCGGGUACGCCGGCUGGGGCUGCACCGACUCCUCGCACGCCACCUCCGACUUCCAGCUGCUGCUGGGCACGCUGCUGCUGACCAUCAGUAACGUGCUGUUCGCGCCGGCCGUGGUGCUGGCGCUGCGCCGGCGCUUCUACACGGAGGCGCUGGUGUACGCCUUCAUCAUGUUCUUCUCGACGUUCUACCACGCCUGCGACGAGCAGAAGUACGCCUUCUGCCUGAUGCGGCUGAGCGUGAUGCAGUUUUGCGACUUCUACGCCGGCAUCUUCGCCUUCUGGGUAACGCUGGUGGCCAUGGCCGACCUGGCGCCCGCCUGGAGCUCCCUUCUGAACGUGGGCGGUGCCAUGCUGGUGGCCCUCGGCGUCGAGUACGACCGCACCGGGCUCUGGGUGUUUGUCGUGCCCGUCGCCACCGCCUUCGUCUGCAUGGUCACCUCCUGGGUGGUGCACUGUCGGCGGCAGAGGGCGCUGUUCCCGCCGCUGCGUUACCUGCUGCUGGGCCUGCUGCCGGGCGCCACCAUCGCUGGCGCCGGCCUCGUCUGCUACACACUGCUGGAGACCGAGGAGAACUACAAGUACACGCACUCGGCCUGGCACUGCUGCGUCGCGCUCUCAGUUCUGUUCCUGCUGCCAGCACGCCGGCGCCCUGAUGGCUUGUUCAGCCUGGACGGCGCCUCGCCUGCCGGCAAGGUGCUGCGCGUCGGCAUUGGCGGCGGCGGCGGCGGCGAUGGCAAUGGGCGAGAGCUCAGCCAGCAGACGGUCAACACCAGCGCCGACUGCGAGUCGCGCCGCUAGGGGCGCUGCAGUGGCGUGAGGCCGCUGCCACUCCGCUGACCUGGGCUGGGGCUGAUCUCCCGGCGGCCAGCCAUCCGCUCGCGCCGCCACCUUCCAGUGCCCUACAGCGCAGAGAAAGACAGCCGGUCACAUGUGGCCGCCUGUGCGGCGGAGCCACUCACCAGGGCAUCGAUCGGACUUAGGCGCAGGCUAGGCUAGUCUCGACGAGGCUUCAGUGGAUAAUCGGUAUCAGUUGUGCCACUGAUCUCUAGCUGAGGAGCUCUGACUCACGUGCCGUCGCGUCCAGCUCGGAGCGGCCACGCUGCCAGGUGCCAUGAUGUUCAGGUAUGAACGGCGGCUGCCGUUCUUUGAAUCACCUAUGCUUCGUUGUGACAAUCGGUCGUUCGUAGGGUAGGCUUCGUUCACGUACCAUUCAGUCCACUUGGGCUCGGUAGCGGCGGCUCGCUUGCCAUCCCGUUUUGUGUGAUUGUGACCCGCAGUGGGUCGUAAUCUGUAGUGCAUGAUACGGCGCGAGUGCUAGGAUCGGCAUGAUACCGGCGCGGCGCGCUCCUCAAUCAGGUGAGCGGCGAUCGGGACGGCCGCGUACAGGCCGUGGAGGCCGGCGCCCGGCUCCGUACUGUCCAAAGCCACGUCACACGCAGGCCACGGUCCAGGAAGGCCCUGGUUAUUGGGGGCCGGGAAAGGCCUCUCGUGCCUGGUUAUUGGGGGCGGGGAAGGCCUCUCGUGCCUGGUUAUUGGGGUCUGGGUGUCUUUUAGUGUCACUCCCUGAGCUUCAUUCCAUUUGAUACCAGGUCGAUGAUGGAAUCAAGUAUUUUCCGUAAGUCGCACUGUUGUGGGCUGUAUUGUCGUCGCCAUUAUGUUUUUCCCCUGAUCUUGGACUACAAUCCUAUCGUAUAGCUGUUCAGUCUGAGGUGAGGCAGAGGGACUGUUUUAAUAGAUGUUACUUGUUUUGGUGCCCGUUAAUGUACCGCUGUUUGCUCAUUCUUGAAAGCAGGCAUCUGCACACGGCUUCUUUUCGUCCCUGUAUCUCGCAUAGCGGGUCGUGUUUUCAGUCCUUGUACCGUCAUGGCUUCUUUUCGUCCCUGUAUCUCGUAUAGCGGGUCGUGUUUUCAGUCCUCGUACCGUGCAGGGCGUCCUCUGGUGACGGCAAGGGUGGAUGGGCUAGUCCCGAGCAAGGCGUCAAGUCGCCUGUGGUCGGCCCGACGCGCCAGUGGCGCCGCCUGUCGCUGAGCCUGUCGUGGUAGGCGGGCCGACACGCGCUCGGGCAGCCCCUGGCCAGUCGUGCCGGCCGAUCCCGCCCGGUCGGUCGCCCUCCCGCCGCGCCUGUCUCCGCCAUGUUGGCGACCCUGGGUCGUCGGGUCCGCCCCGGAGCCGGCCAGCGCCGGCUGUGUUGUCAUUAUUGUGCGGUACGCCACGGACUGCCAGUCAAAUGAUACCACUUGUUUUUCAGGGCACCGUAGAGGUGGAGGUCGUUUAUGGCAUGUAUAACCGUCCUGUUUUUUUUUAUCGGACUGUUUGGCAGCCCGUCGUAGGGGGUUCGCCGCCCGCCGUCCGUCUGCACGGCGGCAUCAACGCCAGAGCGAUCCGUGCGAGCUUCCACGGUAACUAUGGACAUUUGUCGACGCGCUUCAUGCCGCCGUUCCCUGGAAGAAAAGUAAACGUGACGUCUUGGGCAAACAAAGAUAGCCAGGCCGUAUUAAAUUCGCACGGUGAAGCGUUUUCAUGCCAAAUUCUCAACCGCAGUGACCGGUACCCGUGAACGACUCGAAACGACAGACGCGACAUGUGCUUGUCUUCUGUGCGGCGACACAGUUGUGGGCGCAUUUUGAGGUCAUCCUUUGUCCCCACUUCUGAAAUUCUCAGCCGAACGUUCCAGCUGCCUGUAAUAGGGCCGGUUGUUGGUCCGUACCGCCGGCGUGCCGCAUGUCUGAGUAG